AUGAGGAACGUAGGGAGGUUAUGGAGGCCCACACUCCGCAUCCAGCGCCGGGACUUCUCGUCCUCGGCCCGCCGGCUGGAUAACUAUGCCUUCAUCGGCCUGGGCCAGAUGGGGUUUCAAAUGGCGAGGAAUCUCCAGGCCAAGCUACCACCCAGCGACACCAUCCGCGUCUUUGACAUCAACAAGGCCGCCGCGGAGAAGCUGAUGCAUACGAUGAAAACACAGCAAGCCGGCGGUGCGGUGGCAGAGGUCGCUGACAGCGCCGGCGACGCGGCUAGGGAUGCGGAUACUGUCAUAACCUGCCUUCCAGAGCCAAAGCAUGUCAAAUCCGCAUACGAGACCAUCCUCUCGGCGUAUGCCACCACCCCAAAAAGCGAAUCACCCGCGAAGCCCAAGACGCGGCUCUUCAUUGACUGCUCCACCAUCGACCCCUCCUCCUCACGGGAGGUCGCCAACGCCGUAUCCACCGUCUUCCCCAACGGGCGAGGCAGCUUCGUCGACGCGCCCAUGUCGGGCGGCGUGGUCGGGGCCACGGCGGGGACGCUGACCUUCAUGCUGGGCGCACCACAAGCCCUACUCGGCUGCAUCGAGCCGGUCCUGCUCCGGAUGGGCAAGCGGGUGCUGCACUGCGGUCCGCAAGGCGCCGGCUUGUCGGCCAAGCUGGCCAACAACUACCUGCUCGCCAUCGAGAACAUCGCCACGGCCGAGGCCAUGAACCUGGGCGUGAAGUGGGGGCUGGACCCCAAGGUGCUCGCGAGCGUGAUUAAUGUCAGCACGGGCAAGUGCUGGCCGAGCGAGGUCAACAAUCCCGUGCCGGGCGUCGUGGAAACGGCGCCGGCGGGGCGGGAUUAUGCGGGCGGGUUUGGGAUUGGGCUGAUGAGGAAGGACUUGAGGCUUGCGAUGCUGGCGGCUAAGGAGGCGGGUGCAGAUCUGCCUCUAGCGGAGAAAGCGUCGGAGGUGUAUGAGACGGCCGAGUCGGAGGAGAGGUGUAAGGGCCGCGACUUUUCGGUCGUCUAUCGCUGGCUUGGGGGGAAAGAGUGA